AUGUCGGUUCUCCUCGAGACCACCGUUGGCGACAUUGUCAUUGACUUGCUCGUUGAGCAUGCGCCCAAGCUCUGCGAAAACUUCCUCAAACUCUGCAAAACUAAAUAUUACAACUUUUCUCCCGUUCACUCCGUCCAAAAGAACUUCUCCUUCCAGACCGGCGACCCUCUUGGCCCACUCUCGACAGCUUCCGAUGGCGGUUCAUCGAUAUGGGGCAACAUAUCCCGCGAUCCGCGCGAACGCACCUUUCCCGCCCUCUUCCACCCGAAGCUCAAGCAUCUGGAGCGUGGCACGGUUAGCAUGGCCACGGCCCCAUCCGCCUCUGACCCUGAUACCCGGGUGGCUGGGUCCCAGUUCAUCAUCACACUCGGCGAAGAUACCGAUUUCCUAGACGGCAAGGCCGCCAUUUUUGGCAAGGUCGUUGAGGGCUUUGACGCACUGGAAAAGAUCAACGACGCCAUUGUUGACGACAAGGGCUACCCGCUCGUCGACAUUCGCAUAAAGCAUACCGUCAUCCUCGAUGAUCCUUAUCCAGACCCCGACCGUCUCCGUGAGCCCAGCGCCAGCCCUCCGCCGUCAGAAGAGCAGCUCAAGACGGUGCGCAUCGCUGACGAGGCAGCCCUUCACGAAGAUGACGGCGUUGAUGAAGAGACGCUCGAGCGUAAAAGACGCGAACGCGAGGCGAACGCGCAAGCGCUCACUCUGGAGAUGAUGGGCGACUUGCCGUUUGCAGAGGUUCGGCCGCCAGAGAACGUUCUCUUUGUGGCCAAACUGAACCCCGUAACUGCCGACGAGGACCUAGAGCUCAUCUUUGGUCGUUUUGGCAAGAUCCUCAGCUGCGAGGUCAUUCGCGAUGCCAAGACGGGCGACUCACUACAAUAUGCCUUUAUCGAAUACGACGAAAAAGCAUCUUGCGAAACUGCCUACUUCAAGAUGCAGGGUGUUCUUAUCGAUGACCGCCGCAUCCAUGUCGACUUCUCUCAAAGUGUCAGCAGAAUCAGUGAUGUCUGGCGAAAGAAUGCCAACAACAAGCGUAGAGCCAAUGCAUCACGCGGUGGAUGGGGUGGCGUGGACGAGCUCGAGAAGCGCCGACAGUACAGGGAGGAAGCUGAUCGGCCUACGGGAAGGAGCUACGGCAUGACCACCUGA